CACACACACACACACACCCUCUCCCCUCCGUUCCCCCUCUCCUCUUCGGCCCGCGGCUCCCCCCUCCUACUUCCAGCCUGCCACCCUGCUCCCGGCCCCCUGCCGCCGCCCGUCUGCCCAAUGCAGUCUGCCGCCGAGCUGCCAAACCCCGUCCUCCCGUCGCCAUCGGUGCUGCUCGGGUCGACCCCUUGCCAUGCACCGCCGGGAGGCCGGGGGAACAUCACCUUCUCCGAGGACGGCUUCCUUGUGGUGGUCACCGGGAAGUCGCUCGCCGUGUUGUCCCUCCAGGCGGGACCGACCUUUGCCCGGACGACCAUCCUCCAGCUGCCGGAAUUGCCGGCCGCGCCUCACGAGUCGCCCUUGGCCUCCUUCCGCGUGCGGCCGGAUCUCCAGCCCGGCUACGAGCCCCCAGCCAUGGGGGAGGAGGAGGAGGAGGAGGCGGCGGCGGCGGAGGCCGCGGCAGGUGAGGACACCCGGUCGCCCGAUGGCCUAGCGGCUCGGCCAGGCCCUCCCGGCCCUACGCCCAUUCCCUUUCCCCUGGGAUCGCUGCGCUUCCGAGCGCUGGUUGGGGCGAUCCCCAACAACUCGCGCCUCCGGGCCCCGUCCUUGGCCCAGCUGCAGAAGCUCCGCGGGUAUGCGCACUUCGGGCCGCUCCCGCCGAAUGCGAUCUUUGGCCAGGCUGUGGACCUGCGCCCGGGGCUGGCGGACGCCGAGAUCGGCGGCAUCUCCGGGGCCAACGUCGGGUCCGGCGCCUGUGCCGGGAGCUCGGACAUCGGCAUCACCGCCGGGCCGGCGGCCGAGCGAACGGCCAUCCUCGGCGCCGGGUCCGGCUCUCCCGAGGACACCUUCCUCCAGGCGGCCUGGUCGGGCCGUGGUAUGGCCCCCUCCGGCGGGUGCAUCCUCGCCGCCGUCAGCCAAAUGGGCCGGGUGGCGGUGUAUGCCCCGACCGGCCACCCGCAGGUCGACGCCUGGGACAAGACCGCCGAUUUGUCGGAGGCCGUGCUCGAGUGGAGCUUGGCGCUGCGCUUCCGCGGUGACGACGCCCAGCCCGCCCUGGUGUCCGAUUGCGAUGGGCUGCCGCGCGGCCGGUGGCUCGGCCAUUCGCCAGCCCACCAGUCGGCUCUCGGUGGGGACGUCUAUUUCCACUGGCGCCCCCCUUACAUGGAUCCGGCGGAGUUGGCCCGGACCCUGGCAUCUCAGGCGUCCAUCUUGGAGGUUUUCGGCUUCCAGCCCGCCGGCCAACCCGGCGCCCCGGUCCGCAGCAAGAAGCGCCCGGCCAGCUGCUUGGACGACGCGGACGACUGUCCGGAGCCCCUGGAGAAGGCCAUCAACGUGCCUUCGGCGUCCGCCUCCAUGCAGGGCCUUUUCGCCUCGAUGGACUAUCGUUCCGGCUUCGAUUUUGAUUUCUCUCGGCGUCUGUUUUCCAUCGAUUGUUUUACCACCUCCGUUCUGGCCUGGUCGCCGGCGAUUCGUCUGGCCGACGCCACGCGUUCCCUCCUACUGCUGGGGAAUCGGUGUGGCAUGGUUUCCCUCUGGGAUGUCCCCGCAUCCAAGGGCAAGAUUUCCCACGUAGGGCACCUCUCCUUGCCGGGCUCCGGCUCGGUGACAUUCAUCUCCUGUCAGCCGAUCUGGCGCGAGGAGCCUGGCACCAGCCGCGACUUCCUCCUGGCGGCAGGCUGCUCGGACGGCAGCGUGGCCGUCUGGCGCGUCGGGAUUGCCCCGACCGCCGAGGGGGCCACCGGCCCCAUGCGCCUGGCCUCGCGAAGCGUGCGCUUCGCCAGCAUCCCCGGCGGUCGGGCGUCGCCGCUGGGGGCCUUCGGCCGGGCCUUCACCGGCAGCUGCUGGUCGACCCCGUUACCGGUGGGCUCGGGCGACUCGGUUCGCCUGCGCUUGGGCUUGGUGUCCGCAUCGGCCGUGCGGGUGAUCGAGCUGGUUGAGCCGGCCGAGCCGGCCGAGCAGCCCAGCAUGCCGGCGGCCCUGCGCCCGGUGGCCGGGCUCCAGCGGGAGGAGCUUCGCCUGGCCGCCGGCGUGGAGAGCGGCACGUUCCGGGCCUUGCGCCGGCCCCUGAGUGGCACCGUCUUCCUGCAGUGGUGCCCGAUGCAGGCAUUCUUCUGUGCGGUCACAAGCGACCUGGACUGCCUGGUGGUACGCGUGGAUGUGCCGUCCCCCGGGCCCGGCACUGGCCGUACAGCUGAAUCUCUCCGUUUGAAUGCCGUGCCCAGCCACUUCCGCCAGAUCCUCCUGGCGGCGGUGCGAAAGCUAUCGCCCUACCGCGGGGCACAGGACCUCCCGCAGGAGGAUUCCCGCCCGGAGGGUGUCGACUUGGCGGCCGGCUCCUCGACCGCAUCCGCGACCGGGGGCCCGGGCCACGACGCGCAGUGUAACCCGGUGGGCCUGGCGCCGCAUGCCCUUCCCCACCUGCUGGGCCUGGCUCCCUGGCUAUCGGGCAACACGGCGGCCAUGCUGCUGGCGCCGCUGGACGAUGUGGCCUUCCAGCUGGCCAGCCCGGUGGUGCAUGUCGUUGCCAUGCCGAGCCUGUUUGCCGUGGCGCCGGAGGCUUUGGUCGGUCUGGGCCCCGAGGCCCUGCUGGCUGGGACCUUCUGCCCGGAGCCAGACACGCCGUCGGCCGCCAGCCGGCAUUUGGCGGCCGACGUGGCACGCCUGUAUGCGCGCGAUGUGCGGCCCUUCUUCCCGGCCGUGGCCCAGGCCACGGCAAACUACCACCGCUGGCUGCUCCAGCGGGUGCUCGGCGACUGCAAUGGCGCUGCGCGUGUUUCCUUUGCCCUGGGGGAGAUGCUCCUCCACUUGCAGGACGAGGCCCAACUUCUGGCGGAAUCGGUGACGGCCCCGGCAAAUUUGGACACACCUCCGAUGGGGGAUGCCCCCGGUGAUAUCACCACCGGGCAGGGAGGGUCGCCGAGCGCGGUGACUGCGCCGAGCUCCGACCCGGCGGCCGGGGCCGGGCCGCCGUUGCGCUCGAGCGCCGACUUCCUGGCCCUGCUCCCGGGGUACGUGGACCAGGGCGAGGGCAAUGGGCCCCUGGCCCAUGGGCCAGGUGCCCCUGUGGAUCUUCUCCAGGCCGACGUGCGGCGCCUGCACAGCCUGGCUCGCAGCCCAGACCCGCUGGUGCAGCUCCACCAGCUGCUGGCCGGGUUGGUGUGCGCGUUUGACUUGGCCAUCCGGCGGUUUGCUGGACGCCCGGCCGCCGGCCGGCGGCUCGCGGCCACCUGGCUCGAGGUGGCCGGCUUCCUCGGCGAGGUGUGGCCCCUUGGCGGCCAGCUGCGGCUUCCCUUCAUGGAUGUCGCCCUGGCCGGGGCCGACGCCGGGUGGCGGUGGCCGGUGUCGCGCUCCGAAGUCCGGCGGGUGGUCCGGUCCCGGGGGUUCCCCCUCCGGACGGGGCUCUUCCACGGGGCCGAAGAGGGGGCCUUGCUCGGGGCGGUACUGGCCCGUGCGGCGGAGGUGCUGCCCAACCGUGCACCGGCUGACCUGGCCAAUCUCCUGCGUCUGGAUGCCUUCUCUUGCCUGCGUGAGGGUGUCCCGGGUGGUGGUCCAAGCGCGGGCGCCCCUGUCCGCCAGUAUACCUGCCUGCCCUGCUUGCUGGAGGCGCAAUUCUCUCGCGCCGGGGCAGCGGCCUCCAAUGCGGCGGCCGAUCUCCCGGACUUCGUGGCAGGGCACCCGCCGGAGUCACUCCAGUGCGAGAAGGGUCACGCUGUAGGGCUUUGCUCGCUGUCACUCCUGCCAUUGUGGUUCCCCGGCGCGGGCUUGGCCCGGUGUGUCCACUGCGCGGCCCGGUUCCUGUGCCCGACGGACGCCUUCUUCGGCCAGCUCGCGGCCAAUGGGUGUCCCAUGUGCGGCGAGACGCUGCUCCGGCAGGACGGCCCGUAGCCAGGGGCCCAGGUGCCAACGAAUACACCUUUGAUCGCGCUCCCGAAAAAGAAACCGAUCGGCGCCUGGGGGGGAUGGGGGCAGCGACUGGAGAAGGGCCAAAGGGGGAGACGCGCCGGGGAGGCCUCGGCG